CGAGGAGCUGGGCAUCGCGUACCCCAUCAUCGACGGCAUCCCGAACUUGGUUCCGGAGGCGGCCAGGAGGACGAACAAGAAGCCGCCGGCCGAGGGUCCGGAGCAGCCGUGAGGAGCCGCCGUGCACGGCGCUCACCCGGCCUGAUGGCCGGAGCAGGGCUGCUGCCCUCCCUGCCCACGCUGACUGUCCUCGUUCCCCUCCUGUCCCUGGCAGGCCUGUUCUACUCGGCCAGCGUGGACGAAAACUUCCCCCAGGGCUGCACCAGCACAACCAGCCUGUGUUUCUACAGUCUCCUCCUUCCUGUUACAGUACCAGUUUAUGUGUUCUUUCACCUCUGGACCUGGAUGGGGAUUAAGCUUUUUAGGCACAACUAGUGCAGUGCCUUUGCUAACCCCUGGCUUCUCUAAAUCAACAUAAUUUGUUUAAUCUCAUCAAGUAUUGCAGUUCAUUUUGAGAGUUUCCCUCUGGUACUAGGGACUGUCAUAAUUUUCCUGGUAGGAUCUGGAACUGUAGGAAGCAGCAGCCCAUUGUUAACUACUGCUAAUGCACAUGAAGGGUAGGAGUAAUACAAAGCACUAAUUCCCUCACUUUUAUCCCUUCAAGAGUGCUGUGCAUUUGUAGUGGGACUAAUUAGAACCUUAGGUUUCAUGAGGAAGAACUGUACCCUGACUGAAUAAACUAGAUUAAAAUUAAAACAUGCUAUGAUAUGAAUCUCUCUGAGAGCUUUGGGGCUUUUUAACCAGAUGUGUGUACUGAAAUAUGUUUGUCUCACUGUCAGAAGAGCAAAAAUUAAAAUACAUCAGGCUGGUGUUUAAUAACAAGA